AUGCCCGCUAUUGCCGCUGAAAGAAAGAGGAAACGAGUACAAGAACAGGAGACGCAGACUUUUGAGUUGUCUAAAGGCUCGUCCGAUGAGCAAAUUUCAUCUGAAAGCGAGAGUGGCGGUGAAGAAGCGGAAAGUGAAGGAGGGGACGCACCAAGGGUUUCACAAUGGGUGGAUGAAGACGACGAAAUCGACUAUGAGGCGAUAGAACCUUCGAGACCUCGCAGUAUCAAAGACGGCAAGUUUUCAACGCGGUAUCAUCUGGCGUCUCUCUCAUUUGGAGCGCUGCUCAAAGCCAACAAGGCAUUGGCAAAGGAAGAAGAGAACGAAAGUGGAUCUGACGAAUCUGCAAGUUCAGACUCUAGUGAUGAUGAAGACGAGGAACCAGUGGCCGAGACUUCAAAGGCGGGCGAGACUUUAAGAAAACCCAAGGAGAAGCGAGCCAACAAGCAUGCGCCAAUGGAAAUGUCGUCCAAGAGGCCAGUCUCACGAAAACGAAUGGUCGUGGAGGUGACUCCGAUAAAAUAUCGAGAUCCUCGCUUCGGAGAUGCUGCAGGAGAAUUCUCUGCUGAUCAUUUUCGUAAGGACUAUACAUUCCUGGCAGAUGUACGAUCCCAGGAGCUCGAAACCCUGAAGCAAAAUCUCUCGAGGGCCAAAAAGCUGUUGGCCAGCAGUCCUGCUCACCUCCGGGAGGAACGAGGCCGUGAAGUCGAGAAACUGGAAAGGGCGGUGAGGAGAACGGAGAGUACAAUUGAGCGGAGCAAGAGGGAAGCAUUCGAACGAGAUGUUCUCCUGAAAGCCAAGAGGGAGGAAAGGGAGAGGCGUUUGCAAGGCAAAAAGGCGUGGUACAUGAAGAAAGCCGACCAGAAGAAGAUGACACUCGAGGCGAAAUUCGAGAGCAUGUCAGGAAAGGAAGCGAAAAAGGCGAUGGAAAAGCGACAGAAGAAGAUGGCACAAAAGGACAAGCGAUCACGACCGUUCUUUGGAGCCGUCUCGUCUCAGCGCGUAUCGGCAUCGGCGGGAGUUGGUGUCCUUGUUGAUCUCUACGUCCCGCGCAAGUGCUCGGCGACCAACCGCCUGAUUACAUCAAAGGACCACGCAUCUGUGCAGAUUAGCAUUGCAGACGUGGAUGCAGAUGGCAAAGCGCUCUCGACGUCGACAACGUUUGCGCUCUGUGGCCAAGUGCGCGCAGAUGGCGAGGCCGACGACAGCUUGAACAGACUGGCAACGAAAUCGGGCUGGGCUCAGCGGUCACUUCGACCCUCGUUUUGGAGAUCAGACGCCCCAGUCGCCCAGCCCCCGUCGGACGCAGAGACAAUCAGAUUUCAUAGAUCGUCUGUCCUUAGGCACUCGUCGCAGCCCGUUCCAGCGCCUACAGCCGUCGACAGUCGCGCUAUCGGCGGUCGCACCCAAGCGGUACCUGUGACGACGCGUCCAGCGACUACAGCGACUCCUAGCGUAGUCUCUAGCUAUCCAGCACAUUCGCAACCUCAAUUUAACGUCGUCAGAUCCAGCGUAGAUCCGCGUAACGCUGUCGCCACGACCUCGAGUCCUGCUCCCCAUGCUGGCCUCACAAGCCCGCCGAGUCAGAGUAUCAAUGUUCCUCGAGCAAAUGACACCUUGAUUUCGUCAAAGCCCGCUCCUACCGAUGUCCCUUCCCACCGCACUUCAGCCAGCUUGAAUUCGCUCCAUACUGCCAGCACUUCGCGCUCCUCCUUUGAGCGUAUCUCCGCUGAGAAUCUCCAAGGGUCGUGGGGCAGCAAUACGUUUACCACUGCCCCCAGCUCAAACGCCCCUCGCAGUACUGAGAGCCUCGUCCGAAUCCCCGUUGCCCACGACGGCUCAAAGGACUCUGCGCCCAAAGAACAGAGGCAGCGCCGGGAGUCUGCCAGAUAUCCUCUCGUGGAGACGUCGGAUAGUCAGCGGACGCCUGCGGCUGCACACGCCGAAAGCACGCAAGUGGGUGAACAGGCCUCAAACGCAUUGCCGUUACCAAAUUCAGACUACGAGUCGCCUGUGCGUGCUCGCUCUCUUAGGCGAAGCAAAGGUCAGAUCAAUGGUGGCACUGGUUCCUCAAACUCGAUAAGAGACGCGACUGCCGCUACCGGUCGUCAAAGCCCAGCCCCAGCUACUCAAACCUCCCCAUCCCCUCCAUCUGCUCAGCCGACUCACCGUCGCAGUCGGUCCGAGAUGAUCCCAGAGAUUGCCUAUCUUCCCCCACAACACUCUACCGGUUCUGCUGAUCGACAUACGCUACUGGCGCGCGUCAUGUCUGCUUCUACACCUUCAAAGAUGUCCAAAGGGACUUCCACCGCUUCCGCCCGGGCAAUGUCCGCUCCCAGCACGCACCAGCCGCGUGUAUACUCAUCGUCGCAAGAGGCCAAUCCAAAUAUGACUAAAUUAAAGCAAACGACAAUACCACGACUCUCGACCGGUAGCAUCGCGGCCAGCUCGCCCAGUAUCGAGCAAGAGCGUCAACUCGCUGCGCUACACUCGCCCACCAGCCUCCAGGCUACAGCCGAGAGCAUUCCGCCGUGGAAGUAUUCCAAUACUCCGGUCAUGACGUCUGGACCUACUUAUUCGAGUUUGACUUCUCAAGUGAUGUCACCAAACCGCGCGUCAGUCGCCAGCCCUCGGACUUUGGUCUAUGGCUCCCAUCACGCAAGCGAGCUACCAGCAAUUCUACCUUCCCAACAGCGCUCUGCCCUCUCCUCUGCUGGUUCGACUGUCGGAAAGCCCUACGUCGAAGAGGACACCAACUCGUCGUUUAGCACCGCAACGCCCGGCAGUCCAGCAUCUCACACGGUUCGAGCCCUCUUUUCUUCGUUCACUUCGCGACCCUCUCGUCAACCAGCCCGUGCUUCCAGUCUUUCCAACCCGCCGAUCACCGCACCGGAGGUAGACAGUCCUCGGCUAGCGAACCUUGCAUCAGGAUUGCUAACUCCUCCUCCUCUCCCACCACAGUCCACUCGGCCGGAUGCUCCGCAACAAAGCUAUACGCAACUUCAGAGUCAAUUCCAGCAUCCAACCUCGCCCCGUCACGCUACGCCAGAUUUCACAAAGCCCAAUUCUAGCAAGGCAGCGACCCCAUCUCGGCGAGAUGAAACCGCAUCUCCAGUAUCAGGGCUUAGGUCUCCUUCAGCAGCUCAACCAUCCAUUCUUCAGAAUUACGGCCUAGAUAGGGAGUCUGCAUCCGCCAAUCCACGCUCGCCGUCGGCCAACGUCCACCGAGCCCUGAUGGGCACGCCAUUCCACGGAGAAAGGACACUCAUGAGCGACAGUGAAUAUACCGUGACGACAUCGAUUUCCGUCACCCGUUCCACGGUUGUCCAGACUGCCCAUGCGCAACCUUCCUCGGGACCCCUUCCCCACGCUCUUGAGCGACUGACCGCAAGCUCUAUGCGGAAAGAACGGCCCACCCCUGCCAUUCAAAGCGCGUCUGGUCGUGUAACCCCGCAAUCCCAAGGAUACCCGGCUCAACUCCCAUACCCACCUCAGCAAUCGCAGAGUGGUGGAAUCUUCAACAUGUUCCGCCCAAAAUCACCCGCACGUCCAUUCCCUACCAUUGAGCGGUCCGCGUCUCCUGCCCCCGCCCCGCCCCCAUCAAAGACGCCUCCACCCCGCGCGGCUACGGCCUCUCCGCGCCGAUUCCCAAAGAAGUCCAUCUCCGGCGUGUCCGGCGCGUCGAUGGAAGCUGUCAUCGGUGGCACGCAGUUUGGUGUCACGAACGAAAUCGCCAUGUCGAGCCAGGGCUCGCUUCUCCCGAGUCGAACACCCGAUCCUCUUACUGCUCAACAACACGGAGGCAUUUCGGAGAACAACAAGCGGCUAGCGGCGGUCAUGGACACCAAGGGUCGUGUGCGCAUGGUCGACGAGGACGAGUUUGACGAUGCGGGUGAUGACGGCGUGCAAAGUGACGAGCCACCGUUUGAGGAUCGUAUGUACGCUGUCCAGCAAUGGAACAAUAACCGGGAGCAGGACUGGAAGGCGAGCGGUAAAUCACGUCGCCAACGUCCUGGCGUCUCAUUCGAUCUUCCGGCCAGCGAGAGCGAACGAGACGACGGUGGAAUGACGAUGGUCAGCGCUGUCCCGGCUGCUGGACGUAUUCUUCGCUAUGGUCGACCACAAGCGCACGCGCGCCAACUCUCCGACGUCGAAUCGACUGUCUACUAA